GGCUGUGGAGAGCGUACCUGGGACCAUCCGUACUGGGCAAGUGCAUCCAGGCUGCCGCCUUCAGGCCAGAUGAGGCGCGGCGCCUGCCCAGUUGAAUCGCGCCCGGUCAAUCUCAGGAGCCAGGCUUUCUCAGAAACAAACAGGAGAGUGGAUCUGCACUUUGCCGGACAUUCGCAUGUUACAGGGUGGCUAGGAUAGGCGGUGCCACUUAUUACAAACAGCCGUGCUGCCUUUGCAUUAUUAUCUUGGCCGGCGUGCAAUGACAUUUGAAGGCGACAGCAGGCAUGGCAUCAGCAGUCGCGAGAUGUAACCGAGAUUGUGGCCCGGAUCCAUGUACCCGCCUCAGCCCCCCAGAGUGGCAAAUGCACCCGCUGAGCCUGGCAUAUCUGGCCCUGGGUGGCAAAUGCUUGAUAUCACGCCGCCACCGAGCGCCCAGCGCGUUUAUAGUCGAAUCAACAGCGUUCAUCACCAGGUGCGUGCAUCCGCAACGCACUCUCACGCGCGUUAUCGACGUGGUCAGAGCGCAGGACGCCGGAGAGGAUGAGCAGAGCGCGAUUUCACUAACGACUGAGGUGGAGACGGAAUUCGAAAAUGCAGUCACCUUGGCGUCACCGCCAAGUGCCUCCACCGUACAACCACCCCGGCUGGCUCCGCACGCCUCCAGCUGCAGGGUGAGACGGGACGCCGACCAUCUCCGAUACUCACCCGCUCGAUCGCGUCCAUCCUCGUCGUGCUCCAUCCUCUCCACUCGGUCUUCAUCAUCAUUUAUCUGCUCGGUUGCUCGUCUGCUAGCCUCGUGUUUUAAUUCCCUCACGUCAAGCACUGUAUCAUACGUCUACAGCAUCAUAUCGCCACGCCUGCGCCAUUAUAUCGUCCACACACCUUAGAGCCCGCCAAGACCUAGAUACGCAACCACAUCUGCUCCGCAAACCUUGUUACCAACUGCGCGCAAUCCUUCGCUCAAGCACCCACCGCCAUCUCCAUCAACUG